CGGGGCGCGGGGGGCGGGGUGGUGCGCCUACGCGCUGCCCGCCGCACCUUGCCGCCCGCCUCGCACCAGUCAGCAGCUGUGGCUCGUGUUGGCUGAACCAUCUAUAGGGCCAUCCUCUUUUUCUUUGCCUUAGGACUCCUAGACCAACAAAACAAUCACAAUGGCGGAUGAUGAAAAAAAGCGUCUCGAGGAGGCGAAGAAGGCCAAACAGGCCGAGAUCGACCGCAAGCGCGCUGAGGUGCGCAAGCGUAUGGAGGAGGCCUCCAAAGCCAAGAAGGCGAAGAAGGGUUUCAUGACACCUGAGAGGAAGAAGAAGCUCAGGUUGCUGCUGCGUAAGAAAGCCGCCGAGGAACUGAAAAAGGAGCAGGAACGCAAAGCGGCCGAGAGGAGGCGCAUCAUUGAGGAGAGGUGCGGUAAACCCAAGAACGUUGAAGAUGCAAACGAAGAUGCGCUUGUGAGGGUUUGCAAAGAAUACCACACCCGCAUCGGACAGCUCGAAGAUGAGAAGUUCGAUCUGGAAUACAUCGUUAAAAGAAAAGAUAUGGAGAUCUCGGACCUGAACUCUCAAGUCAACGACCUUAGAGGCAAAUUCGUCAAACCCACACUAAAGAAGGUGUCCAAAUACGAGAACAAAUUCGCCAAGCUCCAGAAAAAGGCGGCCGAGUUCAACUUCCGUAACCAGUUGAAGGUCGUCAAAAAGAAGGAAUUCACCCUUGAAGAAGAAGACAAAGAGAAAAAACCAGACUGGUCCAAGGGCAAGCCAGGAGAUCAGAAGCACAUUGUGAUAUACCUACCUUCCAAGGUCCGUCCGUGCACUACGGACGCAAUCACCCUGAAGGUGAAGCUGGAGCUGCUCCUGCAGAAGGGGCUCCAGCCGAGGGUGCACCGGCUGAGGGGGCUCCGGCAGAAGGAGCGCCAGCACCUGCAGAAGGAGCGCCACCCGCGGAAGGUGCUCCAGCAGCACCACCUGCGGAAGGAGCCCCUGCAGCACCACCAGCAGAUGGAGCUGCUCCUGCUGCACCUGCAGAAGGCGCCCCAGCACCCGCACCUGCGCCUGCGCCGGCAGCGGAUGCUGCUCCAGCUCCCGCCCCCGCACCUGCAGCAGAACCAGCGCCUGCCCCAGCACCUGCGCCGGCGCCGGAGGCACCCGCUGCUGCUCCUCCACCAGUCGAAGCGUCCGCCUAAAGAGUGAAGAAGAUGAAGACUACAAUGGAGUCAUAAUUAAAUUGUUGCAUCACAUAUAAAUGACAAUCAUUAAACAAAACUGCGUUAUCCCGGCUGUAGCCUGGGCCCGCUUUUAUACAGCCACCAUUUAUACAAAUACAUAAAAAAUAUAUACAAUUUAAUAUAAAUAUUUAUUAAUUUGUAUCUCAAUCUCAAUAUUACAUGCACUACACAACGUCUUUGUUAUUUUUAUACUAUUGUGUAGAUAAUUUUUGUAUGAUAUUAUAAAAUAAAGGGAACGAUGAAGAAUUA